AUGCCUUCCUCAACAAUAGACCAGUCCAAGUUCGACUCCAUCCCGGACGCCAUUGAGGCAUUCCGCAACGGCGAGUUCCUCGUCGUCCUCGACGACCCCUCGCGCGAGAACGAGGCCGACCUCAUCAUCGCCGCCGACGCCCUGACGACGGCCCAGAUGGCCUUCAUGGUCCGCCACUCGUCCGGCUACGUCUGCGCCCCGCUCGCCCCCGCCCUCCUCGACCGCCUCGCCCUCCCGCCCAUGGUCGCCGCCAACGAGGACCCCCGCGGCACCGCCUACGCCGUCUCCGUCGACGCCGCCGACCCCGCCGUCACCACCGGCAUCUCCGCCCACGACCGCGCCCUCACCUGCCGCGCCCUCGCCGACCCCCGAUCCCGCCCCGCCGACUUCCGCCGCCUGAGCCAGGGACCUGCGGCGCCGCCCGGCGGCGUCCGCGAGCGCCCCGGCCACACCGAGGCCGCCGUCGACCUGUGCCGCCUCGCCGGCAAGCCCGAGGCCGCCGCCAUCUGCGAGCUCGUCGACGACGGCCGCCCCGUCGACGGCGCCGCCCUCCACGAGGACGCCGGCAUGAUGCACGGCGAGCAGUGCAUCGACUUUGCCCGCCGCUUCGGCCUCAAGGUCUGCACCAUUGCCGACCUCGUCGCCUACCUCGAGAAGACGGAGGGCAAGCUGGCCGUCAAUGGGUCGUCGUGA